CUGAAACUCGUGGGGGCCAGUGCCAUCCUCCUGAUCACCAGCUUGCUAGAGGCUUCUCUGCAUGAGCCCAUAUGCUACCUGCUCAGCCUCCUUUCCCUGCUGGACAUUGUGCUCUGCUUCACUGUCAUCCCCAAGGUCCUGGCCAUCUUCUGGUUUGACCUCAGGUCAACCAGCUUCUCUGCCUGCUUCCUGCAGAUGUUCAUCAUGAAAAGUUUUCUUGCCAUGGAGUCUUGCACAUUCAUGGUCAUGGCCUAUAACUACUACAUGACCAUCUUCCACCCACUACAAUACUCAUCCAUCAUCACUAGCCAGUUUGCUGCCAUCACUCAUAAUGCUUUGCUGCUCUCACCAGUCCUCUUUCUCUCUGCCCGGCUGCAUUACUGUGGAAAAAAUGUUAUUGAGAACUGCAUCUGUGCCAAUCUGUCUGUGUCUAGGCUCUCCUGUGACAAUUUCACCCUGAACAGAAUCUACCAAUUUGUGGCUGGUUGGACCUUACUGGGCUCAGAUUUCAUUCUCAUCUUCUCUUACAUCUUCAUCCUAAGAACUGUGCUUAGAUUCAAGGCUGAGGAGACUGCAGUCAAAGCCCUGAGCACAUGUGGCUCCCACUUCAUCCUCAUCCUGUUCUUCAGCACCAUCCUGUUGGUUGUGUUAUUGACAAAUGUGGGGAAGAGGGUCCCCAUGGACAUCCUGAUCCUGCUAAAUGUCCUUCAUCACCUCAUACUCCUAUUGCUUAUGCACCAGAUCCUUGACUUCUGGAUUCUAGGCAAGUUCUUACCUCAGUUUCAAACCUCUCCAUCCUUUACAUCCCAGCUCCCUACCUGCAGGAGCACCAUUGACAGAGUUCCCAAAGGAGACAGCUCAUCUUUCCCCAUGUCUCUGCUUCCCAAGCCACCUUUUUCCAUCUGGGUCUAA